AUGGAUGGUGUAAUGGAACAGCUUGAUGAGCUGGAAGGGCUGAGCAGAUCAGGCGAGUCACCAGGAGCCGAAAUCGAUCCAUGGGCACCCGAGUCUUUUGGCCUAGAGUCCCGAGCGCCACGCGCAUAUGAACCCGAGCUUGGCAGACCUCGAACUUCGAUGGGCAUUGCCCAAUCGGAUGAAGGCUACGAGACAUGGAGUGGUGAAUCUUCUCAAGGCGAUGGGCAUAAGCGCACCCGACAGGAAGAGACCUCAGAGCUUCCGCAGUUGAGUAACUACGUCCAAAGAAUGGAGAAGCGUUUCCAGAAGAUGCACCAGCACAGCAACACCGGAGACCGCACCGUGCCUGAAAGGGCAUUGAAGUCUCAGAAAUCGGCCUACGACAUGAGAGACAAGGACGUCAUCGGGCGCACACCAAUGUCGCAAGCUGUAUACGAGGAUCCAUCUGCAGGACUGGGCGGACUGGUUCAACCAAAAGCCCCAAAACGCAACAUCUUCAAGAAAAUAUUCGAAUCCGCCAAAACUGGUGUCGCCAACAAUCGCGGCAACCUCGCAGGUGGACUCGGACAUGAGCCAGGCCCUAUUGAUUGGGUGCAAGUGCGUCGUGACAUCAACAGAUCGAAUUCGUUGAGCAAGAUCGAGCGGGCAGAACGACGAGACCGUUGUCAGAUUCAGGAUCACGCGGCUUUGAACCCAGUUGACGAGCUCUAUGAAAGCAUCGAGGGCGACGAAGCGGCGGAUGGAAACCCUGUUCUAGACUCGCUCAACUACCAGUCUAUCAAUCUGACGCAAGUUGACAAGAACUCGCGAUUUAUCAACGAAGCCUCCCCCAUGACGACAGCAAUCUCCUUGGCAACCACCUACGUUUGCAGACCUUACCGCAGCGAUGUACAGCGUCUGCGGGCCAUCUUCACAUGGGUGAGCGAGAAAAUUGUCUGGGAAGAAGAUUUUGAAGGCGAGAUCAACACACGCGAAGUCAUUCAAUCGAGACGCGGGUGUGCGGAAGAGUACGCCGUGCUUGUUAUGGAAAUGUGCCUCGCCGUUGGCAUUACCUGUGAAGUGGUACGGGGAUACCUCAAGAUACCUGGUGAAAUAGCGGACAGCAGCAUAGCGCCGCGACCAAAUCACUGGUGGAAUGCGGUGCUCGUGGAUAACGAAUGGCGCAUGAUGGACUGCUGUCUAGCCAGCCCGUCAAACCCGAAGCGAAGCCGAUACUCGACUCUGAGCAGCAAUGUGGCGGAACCUUGGUGGUUCCUCACCAGACCUUCGGAGCUCUGCUGGACACAUGUUCCAGAACACCAUGAACAACAGCACAUUGUACCGGCAGUGGCUCAUGAGAUUCUGCUCAACCUCCCCUGUGUCUGCCCUACUUUCUUCAAGGAUGGAGUCGAGAUGGUAGACUUCAAUACUUCAUCCACCAGAAUCGAAGACUUGGAAAUGGUUCACCUCAAGAUGAACGUUCCGUCCGAUAUUGAGCUGGUAGCGGAAGUUGAAACUCGCGCUUACUCGCAAGAUCACGACGGAGACGUAUUCGAGAGCGGCGAAGUGGUUAAAACGAAAGCACUGGUGCAGGCAGAGUGGUACGGUGGUGUCAAGAGGUACACAAUCAAGGCGCUGCUGCCGGGUGAUGAGGGCCAAGGAGUGCUCAAGCGUAACGACAUAUACAUUGUGCAGCCGCAAUGCCAGCGUCUAGCACUCAACAACACAUUUGUAUUUGCUAUCCGCCAGCACCCAUGCCUGUCGGCCGCCGAAUUUCAGUCAAACCUGACACCAUCUUCGAACCCCGGCCGGACCAGCCCGAACCCCUUUGCGCGUCCGAGCUCAUCGAUGAGCAUGGCGGCGUCCAGCGUCAAUGGUUCCAAUCCUAGUUCAGCAAGCGGCACUGUGGCGGGCCACAAGCCAGCGAAGCUCGCGAUCCAGACGCCUGGCGGCAAAAUUCUCCGUCUUAUGAGGAAGGAGGACCGCAAGGGGAUCACGGUGACGGGACGCGAUGACGAUGAGAUGAGCGAUGGCGGCACAUGGGAGACGAUUAUCAAGUGCUCGGAGACGGGCAUUUGGAGAGGUCUCGUUCUGGCGGACCGAACAGCUCGUUGUUGCGGAGUCUGGGCAGGGUUACCUCAAAUCAUUAUGUCAUUGGGCUACUACGAAGUACCUAGAGAGAAGGAAGGUAUGGAAAUAGACCAUGCGCGUGGCACCAAGGCAGCAGGCGCGCUCCCGCCCGGCCAGGGCUAUCCUGGCCAAGGGGACGUGUAUUCCGGUGGAGGUGGCGGCGCGCCCGGUCAUCAGGCCGGGUAUGCCUAUCAGCAGCAGCAGCCGCCGCCGCCGCAGCAGCAGCAGUAUCACGGCCAGCAUCAUCAGAUGCCGCAGCAGCAUCAGCAUCAGUUUGCCCAGCAAAACGGAUCGCAUCCCAACACCAACGGCCUCUACGCCAAUGGCAUGGGCCAGGCCCAGUUCCACCAGCAGCAGCAUCAACAACCCCAGCAUAAUCAUCAUCAGUUCCAGCAACAGCAACAUUACCAACAGCAGCAGCAGCAUGCCGCACAGAUGCAGCAGUUUGGUACCGGCGUCGGCGGCGCAAUGGGAGCCGGCGUGUACCACGGCGGCUUCCAACAGGGCUUCUCCCAACAUCAACAGGCGCAGCAGCAUCAACAGGUGCAGCAGCAUCAACAGGCGCAGCAACAUCACGAUGUCCGACAAUUCCCCCCGUCCAACGAUGUCUGGCGCCAAUCGCAGUCGCCCUCAGUCCAACACGCCAUGACGCCGACACAGAUGCAGGCCACGGUGAUGCAGCAGCAGCGCUCCCAGCAGCAACACUUCCAGCAGCUUCAACAGAUGCACGCACAGCAACAAUCCCCUCAGCUUUACAACAGCUCCCUUUCUUCGCCGCAAGUUCAGGCCCAGUCGCGCCCGUCGCCUCGCCCCCGACAGCCGUCGAUACCGGCCCAGCACAUCCACGAGUACCAGCGACGCAUCUCCCAGUCGCCGAUCCCGCAGCAGCCGUCACCGAUCCCACGACAGAUGACGCCGCGGCAAGCGCCUUCAACGCCGCUGGCUCAUCACCAGGCCCAUCCGGCACACGCCCAGACGCAGAUGCAGCACCAGCACCAACAGCAACAAUACCACCAGCCACAGCCUCAGCAGCCCGUCACUCAAGACUCUGGACUGGACGAGGUGCAGAUUGAACAACAGCUGCAGAAGCCUAUACCGCAGCUCAAAGAAGAGCCCAAGCCAGAACCGCCGAAGCCGAAACCCCGCAAGGAAACAAAGGUAGAGCCGCCGAAGCCCUGGCUCAAAUCAAGCCCGAAACCUCCCCCGCCUAAGUCACCCUCGGUGGCGCGUUCGCCGAGCAUCACCAAGCGAUCGCCGGCGCCACAGCACAAGCUUCGACCUGUCAAUACAGGCCCGAUUAUGGCAGCGGUAGCGGAGGAAUGUAUCGGCAAGGCGCGAUCGCAGGCGCACGACGUGGCCAUGUGUCUGGACCCGGACGAUGUGACCGAAUACCAUAGAUUAAUCUCCACGGGUCUUUCUUGCUUCGAGGGCAUGCUGCAGACGACACGUCUAACACCACGGGAAGAGGCGCGAAUUCGUCUGCGCUAUGCCACCGUGCUACACGAAGAGACGGAAAACAUCAUGGAGGCGGAAACUGCUCUGACCAAGGGCAUCGCGCUGUGUGAUAAGCACCGCAUGAUGGAUCUCAAAUACUGCAUGCAGUAUUCCAUGCUGAAGCUCCUCUUCCAACGAAAUCACAAAGCGGCGCUCAAGGCUGUCGAUGGGCACAUCUCCAACUGCGAGGGCUUUAAACAUGUGCCUUGGUAUUACGCUUUCCGUUUGCUAAAGGCAACCUUUUACAUGGAAAUGGGCAACGCAUCGGAGGCGUCGGCGCUCGAAAACAUUCGAGCCAUCCAAAAUGUGGCAUCCACUCGCGGGGACAAUGCCCUGAGCAUCUUUGCCUCUGUCCUCGAAGGCCUGGCGCUGCUCAAGACGGCCAGGGAAGGCAGCAUUGAAAAGGUGCAAAGUUGCAUCGCGCAGGCUGCCAAGUUUCAGUUCGACCCCACGAUUCGGAUUACGCAGCUGGACAUGUUGGUUCUUCUCCUGGAUUUUGCCGCCAGUCUGCACCACCAGAAUCCGGAUGCGACAUCGGUCAAGCUGCGCGAGCUGCAGAGGAAGAUUGAUGACUGCGAGAACUGGAAUAAUGUCAAGGCGGAUUUCAUGGUACCGAUCAAGAAGCAGGCAGCCAGCUCUAACAUAGUUGGCCAGGAUACGGCGUCCAUUGUCGACCCCGGCGACGGCACCACGGAAUCCGACAACUUGGUCAUUACUUUUAUGACCAAGAUAGAGCUACGGUCUCUCAUAUUCAUGUUCAGCGGGCUUUCUUCUUUGCAUAAGCAAUCAUCAAAGUCUACAGAGUUCUGGCUUGAAGGGUCCAAGAUCCUUGAAACGUGGGACGAAUCUACACUAGGCAUCCCGUACGGACCACCGGUAUCUCUACACACGGCGAUCAAGCAGCGUCAAUGGCGCACCGAAGGCCAAGCGUACAUGGCAGUCAUGCUUGGACUGCUUGAAGCCACACACUGCCAGUGGGCUACAGUCAAGGGGUACAUGGAUAAGCUGGAGGGCCUGCUAUCGGAUGAGUCGCAGCCGACGUUGAAGCUACUUGCAUUGUACCUAUCUGGCGUCUACCACCAGGGUUUGGGCGAGCUGCAAACUGCCUUGGACAUAUUCCAACGCGACAGAUUUACAGAGCCUCUCACGAAAAGCUACGGCCUCAAGGUCGGCGAGCAAGAAGUGUCGAUGCUGGCUGGCCUCAACAGGCUCUGGAUCAUGCAGCAUGACUCAUGUCGCGACGACGAGGAGACGAUCGACCUUAUCGAACAGCUGCAACCCCUCUGCAACACCCACUGGAACAUUGACCUGCGCACGGCCUGGCACAAUGUUAUGGCCGCCCUGGUCACGGACCCGCCGCAACAGCUGAACCAGCAAAAGCAACACAUUCAAGCGGCUAUGAGCGGCUCCAAAGUGACGGCCAACAUCAUCAGCGCCGCCGUGACGCUCUGCAUCAUGCGCAGCCGUUUCUUUGAAAACGUCAUUGGGGACCAGGCACUAAAAAGCGCGCGCGCGGCGGCCAAGCAGGCCCAGCGCAGCGGUAACGUCCUUUGGCAGAGUGUCGCCGACGGCAUGUUGGCACACUCAUACGACGUGCAGGGCCAGCGGGACGAGUCGAGGCUGGAGUGGGAAAAGGCGACGACGGAAGCGAGGAAUGCAUUCAAACGGAGUUGA